GUAUCAAGCCUUAAGCAUCGAAAUGAUAGCAUUCUUGGUGAUAGGCGAAGUAUGUGGACGAAGACAGACGAUGAAGUUUAGGUAACAGACAAGGUAGGUGUCGGCGAAACCAUUCACCGAGACGCCAAAGAAUGUCGCGCUCCCCACCACCCCACCAUCGUUUGGUCGAUCUCACAGCAAAGUACCCACGGUCUCUACCUUACCUCGGUUCCUCCGCCACCCUACCUCCCUUGUUCCACGAUACUCUGCACCUCACAAUGAGCGACGCGACGCCUAUACCUGAACCAGAAACCCUCGAAGCGCUCCAAUCUCGGCACCGCAAAGAGCAACGCGACCUCGUAUCCCGUAUAACACAAAAGAAGAAGCAAGCGAGCAAAAAGACACGAAAAGGUGUCAAUGAUGAGUGCGAGCGACUCGAACGCGAAUUGAAAGAGCGGCAGGCGCUUGAACUCGCUGUGCAGAAUGGAGAGGCUGUAGAUGCGGAGGCGCAAGCAGAGGAUCCACAAAGCUCUGGGGAUGAAGCGCAGGACAUUCAAGAAGACAUGUCCAAUCUCAGGGUUGAUGGUCCUGGUUCGGAUGGCAGAAACGGCAGCACCAAUGGCGAUUCUACCGAGCCCAAGAAGAAGAAGCCGAACCGUGCCAAAGCCCGCCUCGCCCGUCGCGCCGCCGAACAAGCCUCCAUGAUCGCAGAAGCAGAGCGCGAAGCUGCCAACGCACCGAACCCACGCGAACUCGAACGCAAACGUAUGGCGACACAGUUACAAGAAUACGGGCUUGCGCUGCAUGAGAUACGGGCGGAUGGUCAUUGUUUAUAUGCCGCAGUCGCAGAUCAAUUGCAGACACGAGAGUUGGGCUUGAAGCCAAGGAUAGGUGUUACCAUCAACGGGCAGGCAGGUCAAGAGGCGGACGCUAAGCCUGAGGCAUACAAGACGGUCAGGCACGCAGCAGCAGACUGGAUCCAAGGCCACGCGGACGACUUUUCGGGCUUCAUGGAAGACCCGUUGCCGGAACAUGUGCGCAAGAUUAGAGAGACAGGCGAGUGGGGUGGCCAUCUGGAACUGCUUGCAUUAGCUCGGACAUACGGUCUAAGGAUAUGCGUGCUGCACAGCGAUGGGCAGGUGGAUCGGAUAGAAGGCGAGGAUGAGGUCAAAGAGAAGGAAGAAAUAUGGCUGGGAUACUACAAGCACAGUCACGGCCUAGGCGAGCACUACAACUCGCUACGCAAGGUUAGCUGAGGUCGAGAGCGGUGAUGCAGAUACUGGCAUUUACAGAAC